CGCAAAACUAUAAAGAUUUAAACGAAAAAUAAACAUUAUUAGAAUCUCAAAUAUAUACAUAGUAAGAUACAAUUGUAUGUAGUUUUUGUAACCGCUCGAAUUGCGUAGACGAGUGCAUAAAAGUCCAAUGGAAGUAGCUUUGAUCACUAGAUGAGAGGUCAGAUAUAAUUAUAUAUAUGUAUACAAAUGUACAUAUUUAUCAACGGCGAGUUGUUUAUAUUAACGAAAUAUUAGAAUUUGUGUCUGAGCAAGAAACCGGCAUUAUUCUCUUGAAAUUUUGACACUGUCGACGGAUGAGACGGAGAUGAUGCUGUCUGAUUAGCUGGGAGAAUCUUCAUUUAAAACAAGUUUUUUGCAUAUUCACAUUUUGUGAGUUCUAUAGAAUUUGUAAAAGGUUUUUACGUUUUAUCUCAAUUUGCUUAUCUUCAAUAUAAGACGCGAUCAAUUUUGAGAUUUCACACUAUUCUCGAAAUAACUACAGUUGUGUAAAGUAAUAAAGACAAUACGUUAAGUAUUUUAUUAUAUAUAUUUAAAUAGAUUCACGCAGAAAAUAACAAGAUGAAAUUAAGAAUCUUUCCCGUUUUCUUGUUGGCUCUAGCAAGUCCGCUUCUUGCUGAAAAUAUCUUCAAGAUUAAUAUUUCACCAGAGGAAGCCCAACAAUUUCUGAACAGUGCAAAUCUUCGAGGUCUAGACAAUAUUGACUAUGCUCCUAAGACAAGUGAAAAUGAACUUCCAGAAUCGCGCAAUGAAAAAGGUGAGUUCGUAUAUAUGGGUCGUUUAAUAGAUCACCCUGAGGAAUACGUGGAAGAGCAUUAUGACGCUCACCAAUAUCAUGGACAGGACGGAUUAGGUCAAUAUGUGUAUGGUUAUCGUGAUUGGAAUCAGGGCAAGAAUGAAAAGAAGGACGACUCAGGUACAGUGAGUGGUUCAUAUAAGUAUGUUCAACCUACUGGUCGAGAUUUUGUGGCCAAAUACUACGCGGAUCGUACAGGAUUUCAUGUCGAAGAUAACCGACCAGCUCAUUUGAAGGAGCCUGCCACCAAAACGCCAGCAGUUCGCAAAGCAGAGGAAGAGCAUUUUAAACUGUGGGGUGAAUUAGCAGCUGCCAACGGCAAUAACCCUGAUCCAUUUGCCCCUGAAUAUCAACAGCAACGCAAUGAGCCUGCUGAAUCGGAAUACAAGGAAUAUGUUCACCAAGAACCACCUUAUGUUCCUGGACCUGAGGAAACUGGUCCUCCUCGAGGUUUCUUCUACGCUUUUGACUAUAAUGUACCGUUAUUGCGCAACAAGAAAGAACGCGAGGAGUUGGAGCAUCUCCGAGCGGAUUAUAAGAAUAAUGAGUAAAAUAUAAUAAAGUUUUUUUCAAAUACAAUCGAUUCAAUCGAUUGUUUUUUAUAUCAAUCAUACAUUUAGUUGGUUUUAAAAGUAUGUACAAUUAAAACGCUAUACUAAACACAAGUGAGAACCUCAUUUUUUUUUUAAUAUAGGUAGUUGUGAAUUACGUUUCGUUAUUAAUACAGUAAUAAUAAGAAAAGAAAAGAAUAAUGCCCUCAUAAAAAUGUUUCUCAGAAGUCAUACAUCUACCAUUGGUUAUUAUUCAUAAAUACCAUGUAAAAUAUAAUCUCUUCGAAAGUGUUGAAGCAACCAAAAUGUUUCGAACAUAAAAUUUAAUAAAAAAAAACUAUUAUACUCUGUAGCAACAUGUUGCCAGAGUAUAAAUGUUAAUUUCAAAGAAAUGUUUAUAUUGUAGUAACAAUUCAUAUCCAGUUGCUCCAUCAAUUGAGGAAAAAAAUUAUUCAAUUGAAAUCUGCUUUCGGUACCAAUGUUAAUUUAAUAAAGACAAUAAUAUAUGUCGUUUAUUAAAGAAAAUUGCACACACAUUUACGCACUUUUUAAUUUAAUUUUGUAAAAUUUUAUCAUGUACGUACAAUUUACAAUAUAUUAGAUUUUUUUGCUUUCGAAAAACCAGAUAUCGGUAUUUUACAAUCUUAAUAUUGCAACUAUAGCAGAUCCACUUCGCACUUUUGACGGUUUUACUAGGAAUACAAAGGCAUCAGAUUUUACACCCGUAAAAAAUAUUCCUAAAAAUUUACUGAGAUAUCUUUCAUACUGACUUCUCUCUCAGAAACAAGAAGUACAAGUGGUGUAUACUUGUGUUAAACUGUAUUUUAGCAAAGCACUUGAAACUUGAAAGAGCUUACAUAAAACAGCCAGAUAUGAAUAUACGUAUUUCUGGAAUUAACUUCUAAUAGAAAAAUGUAUCACGAUAAGGUUAAACGAACUUAAAUAUUAUUUUAACAUAAUAAAACAAAUACCUUAUGGCUUUCCAUGUAUCCAUAGUUGCUUUUGAGGAAAAUAUAACUUAUAUAAAAAAUCA